AUGAAAGCAGAGGCUGGGAACUGGGUGUCAGAAGAACCAAACAUUAUGAUUUCGCAGCAGCACUCGGAAGAAUUGGGCAGCAGUGUCCCAACACUACUUACCGGCGAUAAAGAUGGCAGCAGGAUCUCCCAACGGCAGGGCUCUAGCUCGUCCGAAACGGGGCAGCAACCGGUCACUGUGACCUUGUCGGCGGAAGCGGCAACUGACCCGAAUUCGAAAACCGAUAAGUCAGACGAAAGAGCGGCUCGUCGAACCUCCAUCGCUCCGUUCAUGCCUGGUACCUCGGAUGACACGGACUCGGGUUUCGGGACGGAUUUUUCCACCGGAGCAUUUUCCUUUUUGUUAUUAUUGCUGCCUCUACUGAACCAAGAAAAAUUCCCAUGGUGA